CGGAUUAAACGGUAAAACACCUUACCGUGUUUUCAAAAACAAACACCUAAACUGAUUAAGAGCUAGGUAGGUUAAAUAUUGGUCGAGAAUAAUGUCAAUUGUGGAUUAACUUAAUCCAAUUUCUACACUGGGAGCAGCUAAGUCGAUAUAGUAAGGCUUGUAGAAGAUUUGGCCUGUCUGUAUUACUUUGCUGUACAGGGUAUGUCUAUAGCUUGACAAGUUGAAGUGGGGCUUAAUAUAAGUUUUGAUCAGGGAUCGAUGAUCCUUCUAUGGGGAUUAGAAAUCAGAUUAAGACUUGAGGAUCUUAGCCUUCAUUGAAGGAACAUGAAAUCCGCGUCACAAAUUGAUUGAUUUUUUCUGUACUUCUUCUCAAUGACUUUGUAUAUAUAUUAAACAGUGACAGAUGUCGAGCUCUUAUGUCGUAAAUUAUUUUUGUCAACAAUCUUGCCAGCCACAUUUGUUAUAUAUUUAACAAGAAAAACACAAGACAGGGUUAAAGAACAAAUCCUUGACAUGACAUAACGGAGCAUUGAGGACCCAGGGGUCCGGAUAUAGGCGCAAUUAGGGCAGCGCCCAUCAUAAAUAAUCCUGAAAAUCGACGUGUCUAUUAGAUUUAUGAUGGCAGGGACUUCCAAAACUAAUUUCCAGAAAUCAAUUCUAAACGUAGGCAGGCUGAUAUAUUUAUAUAUUACUAUAUGACAAAGUUAUCACUGACCAAUAGUUGCGAGACCACUUGAAGGAUAGAAAUUCACGCAGCACAUAGCAAAUGUAUGUAUAUCAAAUAUAUCAUAUUUAGUUUAUUGAAAGUAAAAUAGUAUAAUAUUUUUAGAAUUUUGCCAACCGGGGCUUUUCAGACCGUUACAAUGAAAUUCAGCAGACCCGAAAAAAUCGCAAAUUAGCGUCUUUUUCACAGUUAACACACAGAACAAAGGGGCGUAUGUCUGUCCGUCAGAACCCGUCAUCGCUUUAAUUGGAUAAUUCCCCCUUCACAGCAGGAAGGCGGGAAACCGGAAAUAUUCAAAGGGAUCCGAGUAAUCGCCCCUUUGGAAAAGGUGUGAGACUAUAUUACUCGUGUACACAAUCGCAGUGGGUGAGGGGCCAAUAUAAGUGUGUACUCGUUUUUGGUAAACUAACACAUGUACCUUAGUACUUCUUAAGUUUUGUGCUGGCCAGUGACCGUUAAUCUGUGAAGCUAAAAACAAGAGUGGGGUUGGUUCUGCUCUUAACCCUUAUCUAAUUAAUUUCCCCACUUCGUGGUUUUGCAUUCAUAAAGAACUUUCCUGUUUAUUCCAGGUAUGUUGAUAAUAAUACCUUUGGUUAAAGAAAUUUCUCCAGAACAAUGCAAGAAAUUGGCAAUAAGUCAAUGUUUUUUCCAUAAUUGAACAAUUUUGUGGUUCUUGUUAAGGAAAAGAAACCAAUUGUCUUUGGAAAAGAAACCGAUUGUCUUUGGUGGUCUUAUUAUAAAACAAUAUCCUCUGAUCGGAAACUAAUCAGUCUCAGACCACCGAGGCUUUGUCUAUUUAGUAAGAUUGUCAUCGAUGUAUUGGAGCUAGAGAUUCCAAUCGGAAUCUAGCGUGACCUCAUGUAAAUACCAUUCCCGCAGUUUUAAUAUGCACUAGCACGCCCCUAUUUGGGGAUCCCCGAUACCCCCAUUGUCAACAAAGAAUGCCAAAUUGUUUCUAAUUUACGAUCCGUAAUGAUGUCGGGAAUUUAAAUAGAUUGAAUGGACAGCAAACAGUGAUCUUUUGGCCGUGUUUGGCUUGUAUCUACAUAAAGUGUUUAUUGUCGAUAUUAAUUCUAAGGACAGGGGUGGACCCUAUUGAAAACAAUAUAUCCCUCCAUACACACCCAGGCAUCUAUCAAUCGAGCUAGGGUGAUUCGUCACUCGUACCUCGGCUCUUGUCGAUGGAAUGCGGGGUAUUCGACAGUUCAAGUGACAGUUGAGAUAUCUUGAACGUUCAAGUGUCUGUCAGACAGGCAUGGAGUUAAUUAAAAGUUGAUUCAACUGGACGUUUUUAUUUCAUCGAAACGAUCUGAAUUAAAGGAAUUAUAUUCGGGGAUUUAUAAAAAUGGAGUACCCAGAACAGCUUGUGGUGGAAGUCCCCGUCUGGGUUUGUGGAACACAGAAAUGGGUGACGGGACUGACGAAGAGAACCACGUGUGAUGACGUCAUUUAUGCAUUACUCUACAACGAUGGCCAACAUGAAAUGGAAAGCACGGACAAAUACACCAUUUACGAGAGAUGGCGUGACGUGGAGCGCCCUCUACAGGGCAGAACCAAAAUACUCAAAAUUUGGCGUGCGUGGGGCGCCGAGCAGUGUAAUAUUCAGUUAGCAAUGAGACACGCUGACGAGAUUGGAGAGUACGGUGAGUUCUUACACUCAAGGCGCAGACGACACCGACGAACCAAAAACAAGGAGCGGGAAUCCCGCAGCCGACAUUCCAAGUCCAAAUCGGAACAUCGUCAUGGGGAGUCCGAGUCACGCCUGAAGUCUAUGGAGGAACUGGCCAAGUUGGUUAUCCAACAGGAGAGGCGGCUUCAUGACAUCGGACACAGGAUCGAAAAUACGGACAGAAAGAUUUACAGCAUUGAGUCCGAGCUCCACGAGUGUCGCGUGGCCAAAGACGGUGAGAACUACCUACAGGACGCCUACCUCAACUCUGGAUUGGAAGACAGCAUGGCGGAGUUUCUACGGAAUGUGGAGCCCGAAAAUCUGGAAAUGUAUAUUCAGUUCUGUGAGCGCGUGAUCGAUCUGGACGACAAAAUAAAAAACGAAGAAUCGAAAAUGAUGGAUCUCUCUGGGCAGAUUUUUGAACAGAGUUCGAUGAACGACGCAUUCUGUAAUGCUGAUAUGUACAACACGGAUCGAAAUAUCGAGUCGGAGCUGGCGAAUCUUCAGGCCGAGCUCAACCGUAUCGUCUCUGCCAAUAUGAUGCAGAAAUAUAAAGCAGUGGAGAUAACCAAAGAAAUUGACUACUGCGACAAAGUUCUGAACCAGAAACAAGAUGUUAUUCAACAGCUUCAGAGGGAACUGGAAUAUGUGGAAAAAUGUGACGAUGAUGUUGACAGAGUGCCCAAGAGUAAACCGAAUCAUCAGACUGUGGAUUAUUUCCACACCAGCACUCCCAUAACGCACCACACUGAGUCCAAAAUCAAACAUUCGGCAAGGCGGGAAAACGAUAGCGAGGCUGACUACGUCAACAUCGGCGCCAUUAUGGAAUGGCAAGACAAGGAGGAGCAAGGAAGCUGUGAACAAGACUCGAAAGAAACGAAUGCCAAGAAAAAUUCGUUCGACAUCGAAGACUCGUUUUCAGUGGAUACAGACAAUACUUCAAACGAUUCCCAAUUCGGUUCAACCAACCACCGAGAGAGGUUCCAACAAAACCGUCCUAUCUUCCAAUUCCCCGCCCCGAACUCUUUGGACAACGAUGAAUUAAUCAGCGAACGGAUUCACAAGGAGAUUUAUGCGUACAAAACCCCGCGAAAAUGUGGUGACUUUACUCGAAGUCUGACCAGUCUGAAUGGAGAUCGUUCUUUCGCAUGUACGAAAAGUAUGGACGAAAACGAUUCAAAUUCGGACACAGGCCUUAGCUCCAUGCAUAGUGAUGAAUCUCCUAACUUAUUGGAAACCCUUGUCUAACGAUAACAUUGAAGUCACCGUUUGUGUUCAAAUUUUAUAACCUAUAUUAUUUUGACAAUAUUUGUCGAUACUCUUUGAAUGAAUAAGUAUUAAACAAAAUAACAUGUA